AUGUUUAGACUGCCAUUGGGAUUAACCAGUUGGACAAGAGCGGUUUCGAACAACAUACCAUGCAAUAGUGCGGGAAUUUUCAAUCGGUGUUCGCUAAGACAAUUAGGGACAUCUUAUAGAGCGCUACCGAAACAUGGAAUGGAGGGAUUCCAAUCCUAUAAGCUGUCUUUAAUUUCUCAUAAAUACCGUUCCUACCCUCUUAAAGCUGUAUUCAGUCCAGUAAGCUCGAUAUUCAAGUUUACGAGUAAAAGAACUUUUCAUUCGUCAGCACGUGCAGAAAUAAAGUUCAUGUUUUCCUCUAGAUCACCAAAGAACGGUGACAAGCCGUUAGUGAAGAUAUACAAAGUUUCCCCAUUUUUUAUCAUAUUUGCAACGGCGAGUCUUUUCACCUUCAUCUUAACAUCCACAAUAAUCGUAAUUCCCUUCGUCCUUCAUUUUUUUUUCCCUCUUCUUAUUAUAUUCAUUUUCUUCAAACAGUUCAAAAAAUGGCAGAAAAACAUCUUCUACAAGGAUAUCUUAAGCUCAUUACCAAGAACGGAACUAAAAAUAGCUGUACCUACCAUGAGGUCAUUACAGUUGCAACCAAUGGUUCAGAGUUGGAAAGAUAUCUCCUCCAGAAUGGGAAUUCCUAAUGAAUUCGCCAAAGGUCUAAAUGUUGAUUUAGUCAAACAAAAUGAGACCAGAAAGCAGUUUCUAAGCUUCUUGCAAAAAAGAGUAUUAGAAUCUUUCACCAAGAACGAAAUGGGAGUAAGAUCAUACUUCCUAGGCGAUAAUGUUGAAAAGUGGAUCGAGAAUUCUUAUGACCUCGAGCUAGAUAUUGAUAGUUGUCGCAGUGAAUUAAGAAAGUUCCAAGAAUCCAUAUUCUCCAGUGUUCGGUACAAGUUGUACCUGGAUUCAAUGAAAAAUUCGCCGUUGAGCCCAUCAAAAAACCUCGAGGGUAAAAGGCACAUCGCAGAUGUAUAUGUCAUCAUUUUAGAUGAAUCCUUCCCUGAAAUAAUGUUCAAUGGCGGAGGAUAUUCGAAAGCCGACUUUUUCAAGAUAUUACAGGAGAGCGAAACAGCCAAUAGCAGUAAAACACAUAAUAUGAUUAUAGCGAUCAAGAGUGUUAACACGCCACUAUCUAAACACUUCGUUAUCACAGCAAAGGGAGAUUCAGGCGACUUUUUUUCAAAGUAUCAAAUUUCAAAUGUAGAUGGCAGCCACACCGAGUAUACUUUGAGAGGAUAG